GAGUCACAUGAGUUUUCUCAUAGAACAACAUGGCCCCUAGCAUUGCAGAGAACAACACAUAAUCGGCUGAUUGGUUCUUUGCGGGCUAGUGAGUAAACCGCAGUAUCUUCCAUAACGUACCUUCCUACUAUGGGUGUGGACAAACUAUAUAGCUAAUCCGGUUUUUGGAAUAGUCUGCUGAACUGUCUACAGUGUCAUUUAAGCGCUGUUUGCUACUGAGGUGGAGUCAGAGAGUGAAUGAAAAGCUGAAAUCGCAACAUGUCACGGGACCCUUAUUUCUGUAUCGUAAUGCUGACUGAGAGACUUGAGGCUGGUCCGGAGUUGACAGCUUUCCAGAUGUCAGUGCACUCUAUCUCUAUGGAAGUGUCGUCUUUGAAGACACCAGAGUGGAGACAGUAGAGCAGAGGCAGUAGGGCCGUCGGUCACUCGUGUCAGGCCUAACGGGAGCCAUGGAGUGGCUUGUGACAGCAGUGGAGAGGGACCUGGGGGUAGACCGUCGGCAGCUGAGCCCAGGUCCCCGCCCUCAAGAGCUGGUGGCUUUUGUCUCGACACGGUGGGUGGUGGGUCUCAGAGAGAGGAGAGUCACCCGAUGCACUCGUGCAGAGAGCCUCAGUGAGGCAGAGCUCCGCACUUUCCUCCAGCGCUCCCAGGUGAAGCUGCCUCCUGGCUGGACACGAGUGUGCAUUCACGGGCUGAGGAAAGGCAAGCUGAGCUACAGGAUAACAAGAGAGCCAUACACACACGGAGACCCAGCUUCCAACGACUCUUUCAUGAAAACAAUGCAAGAAGUGUCACAGCAUAAUGUCAGGAACCUUUGGUGUGAGGCUCAUCGCAACCUGAUGCAGCCAUAUGCAGGCGUCACUGACCACAUGCACACGGCAGCCAUCGAUUCUGUGCGCCAAGCCUUGCAAAAACUGUUCAGCUCCACGUUUGUCUCCACUGACCGGAUAUCACCAUCCCUCUCCCCUGCCAGAGAGAAAGAGAAAGACAACCUCUUCCCAGCCAGCUCUUUCUCCACCUCCAAACGCCACUCAGACAAUCUAUGUCCUAAUGUGCUCCCAGCCGAGUGCUUGCUGGAGUCAGCAGACAUGCUCUAUGUGAUUCUACCCUACACCCAGUAUUCACUCCACGACAUAGUCUCCUACAGCCCAGCCAAGCUGGCCAACAGCCAUGCGAAAGUGCUGUUCAUCCUCUACCAGCUACUGAUCGCCCUGCGAGCGUGUCAGGCUGCAGGCUUGUCCUGUGGAGAUCUCUCCCUGCAGGACAUCGCUGUGGAUGAGCAGCUCUGUAGUCGCCUCAGGCUCAACCUGGCCCAUUAUGAAGAGCUUGGGGACAACAGAGAGGCGGACAGCUAUGUUACUGGGGGACAAGCGCCAAACAGUAUUCAGGUGAGAGAGAGUCCAGGUGUGGGAAGUGACAGGACGAUGUGCAGAGAUUGCUCCGAUGAGUUCAAGUCCCUCGUUAUGGACUGGGUCCAUGGUCGGGUGGGCAACUUUCGUUACCUGAUGGAGCUAAACAGGUUAGCUGGAAGGCGGGAAGGAGACCCCAAUUACCACCCUGUUCUGCCUUGGGUGGUGGACUUCACUGUGCCAUUCGGGAAGUUCCGGGACCUCAAAAGGUCAAAGUUCAGGCUGAAUAAAGGAGACAAGCAACUGGACUUCACCUAUGAGAUGACUAAAGAGGCUCUGGCUGCAGCAGGGGCUCACGGAGGGGUGGCUGGGGGUGUUGUAGGGGACCUGGGUGGGUCUGUAGGCGCUGGGGGAGCUGGGCUCUCCGACCACCUCCACGUGCCCCACCACAUCUCAGACGUGCUGUCAGACAUCACCUACUACGUCUACAAGGCCCGCCAGACGCCCAAGUCGGUUUUGUGCAGCCACGUGAGGUCACAGUGGGAGCCUAAUGAAUACCCAGCCAGCAUGGAACGCAUCCAGAGUUGGACUCCGGAUGAAUGCAUUCCGGAGUUUUACACCGAUCCUUCGAUAUUCCGCUCCAUCCACCCAGACAUGCCUGACCUGGAUGUGCCCCCCUGGUGCAAGUCAUGUGAGGAGUUUGUCGAGAUUCACAGACGUCUCCUGGAGAGCAGAGAUGUGUCCCAGCAUCUCCACCACUGGAUAGAUCUCACUUUCGGCUACAAGCUGUCAGGCAAAGAGGCAGUCAAGGCCAAGAACGUCUGCUUGCACUUGGUGGACAACCACACCCACCUCACAAGCUAUGGUGUGGUGCAAUUGUUUGACCAGCCUCACCCACCUCGCCUCGCACUUUAUUCCCCCCCAGAGCCCCCUCUCCUGGGCUUAGCUGCUCUCAAUGUGCCUUCUCUACAAAUCCCUUUGUUCAGCGCCAUGGCAGAUGCCGUAGAUGGGAUGGUCCCAGAGGCUACAGGCUGUGAGUCCAGUGGCUGGACUAUGGUGGACCGGGACGAGGACCUUGAACAAGGUAUGGAAGCUCUGGACUCCUUGGCCUCCACUGGCGCCUCUGUCACGGCAUCCUGCUCAACCCCACUGCCCCACGUCACCACAGCUGGGGGGAAGACAGGAGGGGAGCAUUUGGUGUCCCAGUCCCCCAUCUCCUACCCCACUGAGGGCUUGGGAGGUGCCACGAACCCCCUGGGCCCUGGCCUCCGUAGUGCGAAGCUACAGCUAGGGGGCAACAAGAAGCACGGGGAGGGCUUUGUGGGAGGUACCAACCUGGAGGACUUCAAGAUCACCCUGCCUGAAGGGUUCAGCCCAUUACAACCACUGGAAGAGCUGGAAAAACUCAACAACUUCCUGGUCAAGAGUCUGCACACCCAGGUGUGGCAACCGGCAGAGUCCAGGAAAGGGGUGGACCUGAGGAACGCUGCAGAGUCUUUGCCCUCUCUCACGGCGCUCUACCAGCGGGACAUGCAGGCCCUGGGUGUCCUCAUGGCUGAGAUCUUCUACUCGGCGAAGCUGCGAAGUGUGAAACCAGGCGCUCCGCUGAUGGAGCGUUUCCAUGCUGUCAUGAAGCUGUGCUCCGGCAGCCUGAGGGAGGUGCCUCUGCCUCUGCACCACGCUCUGGAGACCCUGCUGCUUCUGCGGAGACACCCCCUCAAAACCCACUUAGAGAAGCCUUGCCCUCGUCCACUCCUGUUCAAAUAUGACCCCAUCUACGAGGGUCUCCCUCCCCCUAACCCCUCCCAGCUGCUGAGCCCCUAUCUCUCCCCUCUGCCUUUUCCCGCCUAUUUCCCAGCCCUCCAUGGGUUCAUCUUCUCCUACCACACCAAGAUGGAGACCACCUGCAACCUGCAAGGCCGGGACGUGGUCUUCCACCUGUGGCAGCAGCUGGAGACUCUGUUACAAGGGAACGUCACCGCAGAAGGCCUUGAGAUCCUCCUCCCGUUUGUCCUCACCCUCAUGUUGGAGGAGUACACCGCCGUGUAUGCCGCCUGGUACCUCUUUGAGCCCAUCUCCAGAGUGCUGGGGCCCAGGAACGCUGCUAAGUACCUCCUGAAGCCCCUGGUGAGCGUGUACGAGAACCCGCACUGCCUACGAGGCCGUUUCUACCUCUACACGGACUGCUUCGUCCUGCAGCUCAUCGUGAGGCUCGGCCUGCAGGCCUUCCUGUCCAACCUCCUGCCACAUGUGCUCCAGGUCAUCACUGGCUUCGAGAGCUGCACCUCAGGCUCUGGGCCCCAAUGGGAGGCUUGUAAAGGCCUGAGGGGGGGUGCGUGUGACCUGGGAGAAGAGGAGGAGGACUACCAGCUGGGGGAGGGGGGCUCCUCCUCUGGGUCUGUCAGUGGGAAGGUGGGUGGGGCCAGUGGAGGAGGAGGCGGAGUUGGUGGCGUGGGGGACCCUGGGCUGGUGGACUACUCCUCGGGGAUCAGCCUCAACGACCAGGUGUUCCUCUCGGAGGGCGAGGACUUCCAGAACGGAUUCUACGUCAACAACGGGGGGGGAGGAGCUGCCGCUGGGGGGGCCAAACAGCAGAGCCAUGGUUCCACGAGCAAGGAGCAAGACCAGGAGUCGGUGAGCGUGGGGAAACUGAGCGAUAAGAGCAGUGCCAGCGAAGUCUCCCUGGGCGACGGAGACUCGCCGCGGGACAGAGCCAGCCUGAAGUCUGGUGACAGCAGCACAGACCUGAAGCAGGCCAGCGAGGGGGAGGAGGGAGGGGAGCUGGAGGAGGACACGGAGACUGAAGAGGGUAAGGAGGGGGGAUCUAAGGAGCACGUGCCCAGCCUGGAGCUCACCCUGUCUGGGUGCACCGAGACGUCGGGGGCCACCCUGGAGGGGGAGUUUGCAAACGGGCUGGAGCUGGGGGACAACCAGAAGGGGAUGGUUGGAGAAGAAGAAGAAGAGGAGGAGGAGAAUGACCCGUCGGAGGACUCUGAGGAGAAAGAGCACAAGAUUCUUCUUGACACGGUCUGUAAAACAGUAAGGUGGCUGUCUGCGAAGCUUGGACCUACGGUGACCUCUCGAUAUGUGGCCCGGAAUCUGCUGAGGCUUCUCACCACAUGCUACGUUGGCCCGGAUAAGCACCAGUUUGUGGCCCCUGUGUCAGAGGAGAGUACCCUGGAGGGGGUUGGGAUGGGCAGUGUGUAUGAGAAGAAGCCUGUGGUAGGGGACCAGACCGCAGGGCCAGUCCUGGACUGUCUGCUUUACAUCGCCCAUCUGUAUGGAGAGCCUGUGUUGACCUACCAGUACCUGCCCUACAUUGGCUACCUGGUGGCGCCGCCCUCGUCGUGCCGUUUGAACACCAGGAAGGAGGCGGGGCUUCUGGGGGCCGUGGUGCUGACUCAGAAGAUCACCGUCUUCCUGUCAGACACCACUCUCAUGGACAUGCUGAUGAAGAUCAACCAGGAAGUGCUCCUGCCCCUACUGGACCUGCUGACCUCUCCAAGAAUGGGGUUCCCCAGUGGAGUGCAGACACGUUCUGUUGUGUGUCUGAAGACCCUGAGCCUCAUGGCUCUCAUCUGUCUGCGUAUCGGCAGGGAGAUGGUGCAGCAGCACAUGGGCGACACCCUGCGCAGGUUCUUCAAUGUCUUCUCCCUGCUCAACUGCCUGGAGUCACAGCUGGAGAGCGCCCCUCGCAGGGAGGUGGGAGAGUGCACCAUGGUGGAUGUGUGUACGCCCGAGGGGUCAGAGGUCACGUGUGAGCUGGGGGUUCUGGAGGAGCUGCAGGCCGUGUUCAACUCUGAGAUGGCCCACGCCUCCUUCAUCCCCUUCUACUGCCUCAUAGGUGAUGCAGCGAUCCAUAAGCUGGUGCCCAACCAUGAUCUAGUCUGGCAGUUGGCCCAGUCAUACCAAGCAAGAAUCAGCCCGGGGAGCCCAGACACCCACCCUACUGCAGGGCCCAUGUCAGAGGUGCCCCCUUCCUCCUCCAUGGGCCUCUCCCCUGGCCUGGGCAGGCAUGUAGGUCGCAGCCCCUUCCCCGCCCCCGCCACCACCUCCACCCCCCUGUCCUCAGAUUCCCUCCCAGAGUCAGGCACCUUUGGAAGCCACCUGGUGGGCAACCGCAUCCAAGUGGCCCGGGACCCAGAGCUGGGGGCCAGCCCCAACCUGGGCCCCAUGGACACCUGGGGUCGCCCCAGUCACACAGGGCCCGUCAUCACCGCCGCCUCCACCUUCACCACUCCAUCCGCCGGGGCCUCGUUCACCUUCUCGUCCUCGUCCUGGGUGAUGGGCCCCACCCCGGAGGACAGCGCCCUGAAGCAGGAGCUCCCCAGGAGUGGGCGCUCCCUGCAGGGGAACUGGCUGGCCUACUGGCAGUAUGAGAUCGGCAUCAACCAGCAGGACCCGCACUUCCACUUCCACCAGAUCCGCCUGCAGAGCUUCCUGGGCCACACGGGCACCGCCAAGUGUCUGGCCCCGCUGGCGGGCGAGGACUACUUCCUGUCCGGCAGCAAAGACAAGACGGUGAGGCUGUGGCCGUUGUAUAACCACGGCGACGGGACGCGGGAGGUGGAGUCCCGGCUGACGUAUGCCGAGCACAGGAAGUCGGUGUUCUACGUGGGCCAGCUGGAGGCGCUGCAGGAGGUGGUCAGCUGUGACGGCACCAUCCACCUCUGGGACCAGUUCACAGGUAAGCAGAUCCGCUCCUACGAGGCCCUGGAUGGAAAGAACCCCAUCACGGCUGUGACCACCAUGCCGGCACCUCACUGCAGCGUGGUGUUCGGCAGUGCCGACUCUGUCCUCCGCUUCAUCGACCCCCGCAAACCAGGCCUGCAGCAUGAGUUCCGUCUGGCCUACAACAACGUGAGCGCAGGGUUGAUCCGCUACCUGGCCGUGAGCCCUGGAGGACGCACCGUGGCGGCGGGCUUUUCCUCUGGGUUCAUCGUCCUGCUGGACGCCCGCACAGGCCUGGUCCUGAGGGGCUGGCCCGCACACGAGGGGGACAUCCUGCACAUGAAGGCUGCUGAAGGCAACCUGGUGGUCAGCUCGUCCACUGAUCACACUCUGACCGUGUGGAAGGACCUGGAGCACAAGCCCCUGCACCUGUACAAGUCCCCCUCCGACCCCAUCCACGCCUUCGACCUCUACGGCCCAGAGAUAGUGGCAGGCACCGUGGCCAACAGGAUAGGGGUGUACUCCAUGAUGGACGUCUCUGCCAGCCCUGCCAGCAGCACCAAGCUGAGCUCGGAGAACUUCCGGGGCACCCUCACCAGCCUGGCUGUCCUGCCCACCAAGAGGCUUCUUCUCCUGGGCUCAGAGAACGGGGCCAUCAGGCUGUUAGCUUAAGCUAAGCUGGACGGCCUGGUGCAGACAUGGUCCGGCGUCCAGUCGUUAAGGACACUACUCUUCCCUGAGUGGGAUAGAGAGAGGAUUCACUGAUGAGGCAAAAGUUAGUCCCUCUGAACCGCUUUUUAUCGUGGAGGUGGAAGCACAUAGGCAGUAGUUGUGUAAGCGCUGUGCAAGGAGGACUUUGCACUUCCAGUGGUAGGAAAUGACCAAAUUUGAUGUAUUUUUUUUUUCUCAUCUCCAAUGACUCAUUGGUUGAUUUUCGUACAAAAAGGAGAUAAGGAAACAACACCAUCAAGAUGGAUCUUUUAAGCUUUUGGCCUGUCGACAGUGAUAAUGAGUACUAUCCUUAAUUAGGUCAAUGAUUUAAAUUCAAAAUAAUGGUUCAGAGACACAGCUCAGGAAGGUGGAACCAAACUUGGUUCUGAUGUAGAGUUUACACUUUCCAAACAGAUACAUACCAACACCAAAAAAUGAUGUCCCCCCUCCCCUGUCUUUACAUUACACAAUACAUCAGAUGCACUGAUUAACUAUGCAGUAUUUGUUGAUGAAAUUGUUUUUAAAUUUGUCUGUUAGCCAUAUGUCUUUCUAAAGAAUUAGAUUGUUCUCUCACUUUAAGAAUGAAUGAAUCAUGACCAAUAAAACAAUGCUAGGCCAUUUCCCUCCUGCGGUUGGGGGUAUCAUCUCCAUGACAACAUGCAUUGUAUGGCCCCCCCUGGGUGAGGGGGGGAAAACUCACGCUUGUGAUUGGUCAGCAUGUUGCUGCUAGGUGCCAAGGUCACUUGUAGUUGCUUAGCCUACUCCUACUAAAGAACCAUGGGCAUUACUUGUAGCACUUCAAUUCAGAUGUUCAUAUUAAAGUUUUAUGUUUUUACCAUGAAUCGUUAGCUUAAGAUCCACUUGAAGCUCUGAAUGUGCUAAAUACCAUUAAUGUUAAUGAUAUCUAUAUAAAUAUUGAAAUUGAUUGAUUACAUUGAGUCGAUUAAUGUACAGCUACAUGUUGACUGUUACAUAUCCCCCAGGCCCUAUAACCUUGCAUUGCAGCACUCGCUGCCAAGACUAAAUAUACUUUUGUAUGGAAAACAAUAUACCUUUCAUUUAAUCAUUUGAUGGCAAAUUAUGUUGCAGUAGUGCAACAUAAAUCAGUGGUUACCAAAAGACAUUCUUAUAUUUAUGAAUUAGUUCCUGAUUUAUAUAAUGUUGAUACAUAUUGACAGAUAUUUCUUGGUAUCUUAUUUUACAGUCUGGAUGUUUGAAAGAACAUGAUAUAUUAGCUAAUACAUGAUAACGACUAUUAGAAAAUAUGUAUAAUUCUUUAGAAAAGAUGUAUUCAGACUUAUCAUUUGCCACUAGUCCAUUCUGGGCUGUAAAAUAAAGCCUAAUCCAUAUGAUGUUUUAACUUGUUAGUAUUGUACUUGUGUUUUCUCCAUACCAUAAUGCCUGUUGCCAAGGUUUUAAUGCUCAUUCUUUACUACCCACUUAACUGUGACAUGUUUAUUUAAGUCUUCUUCAGCAUAGAUUCUUUUUUGAAAAAUGUCAACCUCGACUCAUUCAUCUAAUGUGUUCUCACAAGUCUUAUUCCAAUUUUCUAAUGUUUUCUGUGACUUUUGUAUAUAUCCUUGAGCAUUCAAAAAUGUAUGUUUUUCAAUUGAGAUUAAAUGACAUCUUGAUAAUCAGAAAUGGUCCAUACCAUGUCUAUUUAAAAAUUUAAUUGAGAGUAAUACACAAAUAAAUUGCUUUUUUUUAUUUAUUAACAGGUUUAAUAAAAUAUUAC